AUCCCGGAAGUGGAACGUUGUAGGUAUAUACUAUUCACAAUCUGAUGGAAAACAAUAACUGUGAAAUAUAAAGUUUACUUGUGCUACAUUGGGGGGUUAAAGAACACAACAGGGCGUCACAUAAAUGGGCCGUUUAGUGACACUCCCACACCGCUGCAAAACCUUGCGGCGAACGCCGGCCCGACCGAAUGAAGCCGAAUGAAGCCGAAUGAAGCCGAAUGAAGCUGAAUGAAGCUGAAUGAAGCUGAAUGAAGCCUUAUGCUGCACACUUUCAGCUGAGUCCAAACAGCCUCACUUGAGUCUUCUGUUCUUACGUAAAUCAUGAGGACAAACACAUCCUCCUAUGCCCAGAGGGGGAUCACAUGCAGGUUAUGGAAAAUCUAUUGAUAAAUAUUAAACAAUAAAAGUUAAGUCCAUCUUUUUACUGUUUUGACUCAAUUCAGUGUUUCUCACCCCAUUUCAAAUAGUAAAAUGAAAACCAUUCAGGCAAUAAUACCAGGAGCACUGUGACCAUAUCUCACUUUGAGCACUCCCCCCUCUCUCUCUCUCUCUCUCUCUCUCUCUCUCUCUCUCUCCCUCUCCCUCCCUCUCUCCCUCCCUCCCACUGGAGCACUAAUGACGACUGAUUCAGAGUUAGCAACGGUGACCGUGCGUACACUCAGAGAGCCAGACCUUUUUCAGGAACACAUAGUGCAGAGCAGUUGGUUUGUCCGUCGCAGAGGGAUGAGGGACAGGGGGACAGAGUCAUUCCCACCUGGAGUGCUGCUCUUUGGGGGAGAACGUACUUCCACCCUACCUCAAGACAAAUGCGAAUUGUAAUGUUUUUUCUAUAAAGAAACCUGUCAACUUUGGCUCACACUUCAGGACUCAAUGGAACGGAGGGCACUACUGGAGCAGAAGCAGCGGAGGAAGCGCCAGGAGCCUCUGAUGGUCCAGCCCAACACCGAGACUCGGCCCCGGCGCUCCAGGACGCGGCGUGGUGAGGAGCAGGCCCCUCUGGUAGAGUCUCUAGUAACUAUCACCAACGAUGUCAUCAUGGAUGGUAUCGAUGGCCCAGCAGCUUUUUUGGGCUCAGAAGCCCCUCAUCUGGGGAUGAAAAUCCUGUCCGUGAGCCAGUCUCAGCCCCAGUCUCAGUUCCAGUCACAGCCUCUGUCUCAGCACCAGUCCCCUAUCGCUGAGGAGCCUGAGAGAGAUGGAGACACUGAGACGCUGCUAGAGCCCAAGACAGAUAUCCAUGAACUACUGCAGAAACAAGGUCUGUCUGGCAGUAUGAACUUCGAUGAAGCCAGCGAGCAUGAGGACGAUGUGGAGGAAGAACGGACACGUUCUCUGUCUCCUAACGCAGACACCACCAGACCUUCCUCUGCCGCCAGUGGCAAGGACAUUCCAGAGGUGGCACCCCCCGGAUCACCCACAGCAGAGGGCUCACUAAUUGAUGUGGCCAAUCUAGAGGAGUUUGUUUUGCGUCCGGCUCCACGUGGCGUCACUGUUAAAUGUCGAAUCACCCGGGACAAGAAGGGCAUGGACCGCGGCCUCUACCCCACCUACUUCAUGCACAUGGAGAGAGAGGAUGGCAAGCGAGUGUUUUUGCUGGCAGGAAGAAAGAGAAAGAAGAGUAAGACCUCCAACUACCUUAUUUCAGUGGAUGCCACUGAUCUGUCGCGAGAGGGAGAGAGCUUCAUAGGUAAACUGAGGUCCAACCUCAUGGGCACCAAAUUCACAGUGUAUGACAACGGCACCAAUCCCUGCAAAAACCCCGGGACACUGCUGGAAGAGAGCAACACACGACAGGAAGUGGCUGCCAUCUGCUACGAGACCAACGUGCUGGGAUUCAAAGGACCACGUAAGAUGACUGUAAUCAUCCCGGGCAUGAACAUGAACUUUGAAAGAGUCCCUGUAAGGCCUCAAAAUGAGCAGGAGAGCCUCCUGAGCAGGUGGCAGAAUCACUCACUGGACAACCUGAUUGAGUUGCACAAUAAGGCCCCCGUUUGGAACGAUGACACCCAGUCCUAUGUGCUAAACUUCCAUGGCCGCGUUACUCAGGCUUCAGUCAAAAACUUUCAAAUAGUUCACGAUAACGACCCUGACUACAUCGUCAUGCAGUUUGGCAGAGUGGCUGAAGACAUCUUCACUCUGGACUACAACUACCCCAUGUGUGCUCUGCAGGCUUUUGCCAUUGGCCUGUCGAGCUUUGACAGCAAGUUGGCCUGUGAAUGAACCAACAGUUUUACCACACCACCACCUUUUCUGUCCUCCCUCAAAUCUCGUUUUUACAGGAUUGUUUGGAAACGGACAGCUACGCUGCUUACAUCACCAGGAACCACUUCAUGCAGAAGUCAAAUACGAAACUGAAAAAGAGAGCAGGAGGGCACUGAUGGCAUAUGUUGGUGCUCUGUUGACCGAUCCAACAACCCUCCUGGUUCCUGUGCGCAAGUUUUUUUUUUUUUUUUUUUGUAACGUUAGCAGGAUUAUUUCAAUAUUGGUUUAACCAUUUUGUACAGUGUAUAUGUACAAAUGUAUUCAAACUAAAAGGGAAAAGGCAAAGCAAAUCACACUACUCUCAUCUGUGCUGGAGACGGGUGCAAAAAGAACUGAUGUUAAAUAAAUGACUCAUUGUUUGAAGGACGGUGACAUGUUUAUUGAUGUUUUGUCUGUUGCUUUUGUUGCCUUUAAAUUUGAUUUCACUCAGUGUUUUUUGGCUCUUAGGAUGGCAAUGUUGGCUGAGGCGUUACUCUACAGAGCAUAAACCUUUUGAAUUACAUAACAACAUGGCCUUUCCUUUGGCGCCACCCUCAGGCCAAAAUGUGGAAUUAUUUAGCAAAGUUUUCUGUUUUUCAUCUGUCUUUUCUGGCAAGUAAGUCAGAAUUUUAAUCUUGUUUACAUCUUCUAGUGUGGCUACAUGGUUUAGUCUGCCAUCUACUUACAACUAAUUUUGACGUUCUUUUAUUAUCAUUGUUAACCCUCAUUUUAUUCUUGUGUGGAAAGUGCAUUAUUCAGAACAGGCCUGUCUUAUCGUUUUUAUGUUUUUUUGUGAAUAAGUGUAAUUUUUAUCUUGUGACUGUGAUUUUUCUUUGUCAUAACAAGUUGGAUUAUUGUGAAAAAAAAAUGCAGAAUUGCACAUUUAAAGAGAAAGGAUAAACAUAUUGUAUAUAAAAUAUAAAGUAAUGCCUUCUUGAUUGAUCUAUUCUGGCAGUCUUUAUCUAACAUGAAAUACCAAAUUUAAUUUCAAGACACGGAAUUUUCUUUGUUGCACAGAUACAUAAGUGACAUCAGACUUUGUAUGAAGAGAAACAAGAAAUCUACUGUAUCUACGCUGAGUAUUCAGAAUAUCACUGACAUUUUAUUGAGGUGAAAUAGAGUUGGAGGCAAUUUUGUACAGCCCACAUUUGUUCUGCCUCAAAUCCUCAACAUAAAUGCCAAUGUCUCUUCAUCUCCAUUUGAAUUAUGGGAAGCUUAAGAAAUCAAUAAAGGAUAGUUUCCUUUAUGUCAUCA